AGUAGCAAUUUUUUUUUGAUAGGCGGGUGAGUGGGAAAAGAAAACGCAUUGUCUUUGACCACACCACACCUCUACAUUUGGGACAAACUCUCCAUCUUCACCUUCUUCUUCUUCUGCUACUGGCUAAACCUUUGCUUGAUCUUCUUCAACAACUACUUUUAGGGCCGCUAAAAAAACUUACUCCAUUUCAAUUGCAUUAUUAGGGCAAAGGAUUCAAUCAACCAUUCCAGAUCGAGCGGGCGAGCAUUGAUCGCAUCUCGCCGUCUCUCAAACUCGCUUGCCUCAGAUCUGUCUCUCUUCUCAUUCGCCUCUCGGAGCUUCUUCUAAUCACUCGACGCUUCUUAAACCCUGGCUAGCCUCUACUCCAUAGCUGUCUCUGCAUGUUCUUGAGAUUCUACCAAUCCCUGUUAUGACAACAGCGUAUUCAUAAACAGACUUGGCUCAUCAUACAUCAUCUUUUAAUGAAUAAACAGCAGUUGAAUUGAAGGUGUACCUCUUAUCAGCAAACAUAUUGCGGAUUUUUGUUACUCAAUUUUUGGAUUGGUGGGCAUCUCUUAGAUUUUUAGCUAGGUUGGGAACCGGCUAGCAAAGCACAAAGUGGAGAGAAGAAAAGAUGAUGGUCAGCAAACAACUUGUGUUGACGUAUAUAUAUCUCCUUGUCUAUAUAGUGCUAUCCUCGGGAGUUAUUUUGUACAACAAGUGGGUACUCUCCCCAAAAUAUUUCAAUUUCCCAUUACCAAUAACACUUACCAUGAUUCAUAUGGGCUUCUCGGGCUUAGUAGCUUUCCUUCUUAUCCGUGUCUUCAAGGUUGUAUCUCCUGUCAAAAUGACGUUUGAAAUAUAUGCGACGUGUGUGAUUCCCAUUAGUGCUUUCUUUGCAUCAAGUCUUUGGUUUGGAAACACAGCUUAUCUGUUCAUUUCUGUAGCCUUUAUCCAGAUGCUUAAAGCUCUAAUGCCAGUUGCCACCUUUGUCAUGGCUGUUAUUUGUGGAACUGACAAGUUAAGAUACGAUUUAUUCCUGAACAUGCUGUUGGUCAGCGUCGGUGUUGUAGUUUCAUCUUAUGGAGAAAUUCACUUCAACAUAGUUGGUACAGUUUAUCAGGUCACUGGAAUAUUUGCUGAGGCGCUUAGGCUGGUCUUAACUCAAGUUCUGCUUCAGAAGAAGGGACUAACUCUCAAUCCUAUCACCAGUCUAUAUUACAUAGCUCCAUGCAGCUUUGUCUUUCUCUUUGUCCCAUGGUAUCUUCUGGAGAAGCCUGAGAUGGAAGUCUCACAAAUUCAAUUCAACUUCUGGAUUUUCUUUUCAAAUGCACUUUGUGCUCUUGCUCUGAAUUUCUCAAUUUUCUUAGUGAUUGGUAGAACCGGUGCUGUAACCAUCCGAGUUGCCGGUGUCUUGAAAGAUUGGAUACUUAUUGCCCUUUCAACACUAAUUUUUCCAGAGUCAACAAUAACCACACUUAAUAUUACAGGCUAUGCCAUUGCAUUAUGUGGUGUUGUGAUGUAUAACUACUUGAAGAUCAAGGAUGUUCGAGCUGUUCAACUUCCUGUAGAUAGUGUUUCUGAUCGAAUAGCUAAGGAACUUAAAAUGGAGAAGAAGUCAUCCGAUCUGUAUGUACCAGACGAUAUUGUUAAGAACAGUGGAGGAAAAGGUUCAAGGAAUGGGUCUCCGGAUUCAAUUGUGGAUGAGGAAGCACCCUUUAUUCCUUCAAGUAGGGUCUCUCAUCUUGGGCGAAGCCCACUUAGCAGCUAUUCACCAUGAGAACCGUUAAUUCUAUAAAUGUCAUUUUGGGUUCAUUUGUUAGAAUCACAGUAUCAAGCAGAUUGAUGAGAGCGGGGUCUUGUUCAUACACUCUCCACCAUUUUGGUAAGAAUUGCAUUUCUUUGCAGAGUACUACCGCCAUUAACAUUGCUACUAGUUAUUUAUUGUAAUAUUGUUUUAGGCUCGUCAUAUUCAAUGAAAUAUUGAUUUUUUAACAUCACAUGAUAUUCUCAACCCCACUAAGGUAGUUUGUAUGCUUAUCCAUAGUUGAGUUAACUUUUAUUAUGCCUUGGCAAAGAAAAUCUUGAUCAUAGAUUUUAGCUGAGGCAACUUUCUGGGACUGGUGUAGAAAUUGACAAUACUUCAGUUUUUUUCUUUUACGGUUUUCUGAUAUCUAAACUGAUUCAUGGAUCCAA